UGCUCACGGCCGCCCUUUGGCUGGUGGGACGGGGUCGAGAUGGCGGAGGCCGUCGCUGGGGCAACUCGGCUCCUCCUGCUCUUGCUGAUGGCGGCAGCAGCGCCCAGCCGGGCCCGGGGCAGCGGGUGCCGAGCUGGGGCCGCUGCGCGGGGGACCGGAGCAGAAGGCCGAGAGGGUGAGGGCUGUGGCAUAGUAGGGCUGCUGCUGGAGCACUCGUUCGAGAUUGAUGACAGCGCCCACUUCCAGAAGCGGGGCUCACUGCUGUGGAACCAGCAGGAUGGCACCUUGUCCCUGUCACAGCGGCAGCUCAGUGAAGAGGAGCGGGGCCGACUCAGGGAUGUGGCAGCCCUGAAUGGUCUGUACCGUGUCCGGGUCCCACGGCGGCCAGGGGCCCCUGAUGGCCCAGAAGCUGGAGGCUAUGUCUCCUCCUUUGUUCCCGCGUGCUCCCUGAUGGAGUCACACCUCUCGGACGAGCUGACCCUGCAUGUGGAUGUGGCUGGCAAUGUGGUGGGUGUGUCAGUGGUGACACACCCUGGGGGCUGCCGAGGACACGAGGUGGAGGACGUGGACCUAGAGCUGUUCAAUACUUCAGUGCAGCUGCAGCCGCCAGUCACGGCCCCAGGCCCCGAGACAGCAGCCUUCAUUGAGCGCCUGGAGAUGGAGCAGGCACAGAAGGCCAAGAAUCCCCAGGAACAGAAGUCCUUUUUUGCCAAAUAUUGGAUGUACAUCAUUCCUGUUGUCCUGUUCCUCAUGAUGUCAGGAGCGCCAGAUGCGGGGGGCCAGGGUGGUGGUGGUGGUGGGGGUGGUGGUGGAGGAGGCAGUGGCCGGUGAGGGGACUGGGGCUGGUUAGUGUUCUGGCCUCUUUCACCCAGGGGAUUCCCUUCCUGCUCAGAAUUCUCUGUGUCCUUAGUUAUGCCAAGAAGGAUUUGCUGACCCCUCCCAUCUCCCCAUCACAUGAGGGUAGAAGGACGCCCCCUCCCCAGGAGCCAUCUGGCCACCUGGGAGAGCCCCUUGUCCUCUGGACGUCUGUGUUACUGUUGGUGGAAGAGUGGCUGGUUCAGGCCCCUUUGACACUGGCACCCAUGUCUGCUGCAGUCCCACCUCCCCUGGAGCCCUGCUGCAGCCCCAGGGUCUUCCCUUUGCCCAUGGGAGAGUCUAAGCUUCUGGGCCACUGUGCCAGCUCUGACCUCGUGUCUCCCUUAGACACCUGCCCAAAACCCUGCAGUUUGGGAACAUGCCGAGUUCUCUCCAGUCUCUGUGCCUUUCAGUUCCUUAUGAUGUCAGGAGCACCGGAUGCUGGGAGCCAGGGCGGGGGUGGUGAUAGUUUUCUCAUGCUGCCUGCUCCCAGCCAGGAUCGAUGCUCUGUCCAGGCUCCCAUGGCUUCCCCCUCUGUCGUCUGACACUGUACUCUCCCGUCUGCCUUCCCUGGAGGGUGCCUGAGCCACCUCCACCUCCAGGUGGGCUGGCCACUGCACCCUGGGCUGGACUUCUCCUCCCAGCCAGGCUCUUGGUCUAACCUCACUUGCCCAGUGCAGAUAAAACAUCCCUUCCUUCAGGGCUCCUGGACCACCAUAGGCCUUGAAGAAAAAGGAUGUUUAAAGUAAACAAACAAAAAACUGAGUUAGUGGAAUCAAGGGCCAGAUGAUAUAAAUAGAAUUUCUGCCAUGGCUCAGCCUGGGACUUUAGGAGAGGACUGCCAGUGCUGGGCCUUUGCUGUUUAUACCCUCCCCCAACCCCUGCGCCUUUUGUCUAUUUAAAAACAUUGAUGAUAUAUUGAAAUGCGUAGAUGUUUGGAAAAGCUACUGCUUCUAGCAGUCAAGUGCAACUGUUGUUUUGACUCCACGAUGGCUAUGGUGUACAGGCUUUGUUGAAUUCCGCUGUUCACUUAAUAUAUUAUUCAGAAACCAAAAAAA